AGGAGAUCGACGUGGUGGGCAGUAUUUUUCUUUGCUCCCACCGAACGCCAACAUCACCUAACCAAUAAUACUCCUGCCUAUCAGAGAAAUUUGGAGGAUGUACUUUUUAUAAUUCCUUAUGGAUAACAUAAAUAUAACUUUUUAACAUAUUAUUAUAUUAUUAAUCUCCAAUAGUAAAAUAAUGUUAUCCCAUUACAAUUAAAUUUUUUUCCUAUCCAUACACUAAAUAUAAUCCCAAUCCAAUCAGCAUCCCAGUUAGCCCCACCUGUUUACAACCAAACUAGGAAAGAAAAUAUAAGAAUUGGAAAUUGGAAAGAAAGCGACAGAGAGGGAGAAAAAAAAAACACAAGAAAAAUAAAAUAAAAAGGGAAAGCCAACAGCCAAUAUGAGCAAUUCUGUUCCGUUAAUCCAACACUCAUAAAAGAAAACCCCCUCUCUCUCUCUUCUCCUACACGCAGAAGUAAUUUGACUUCCCUCUUUUUCCAGGCAACAUCCCUUUUCACCCUCCUCCUAUCUCCAUAUAUAAACCACACACCCCCACGCCACUCUUCACUCAUCCAAUACCUGUAAGAUUUUUUCUCCGUCGUUUCAGACUCAGUCUACUAAAACAUGUACGUCAAUGAGGAUCAAAGUUCGAGCUCAUGUCCGAAGCCCAUCAAGAUCCGGCAAGUGUGGGCCCAUAAUUUAGAAUCCGAAUUCGAAUUGAUACGCGCCGUCAUCGACGACUACACUUACAUCUCCAUGGACACGGAGUUUCCGGGCCUCAUAUUCCGGCAGCCGUAUAGCCACGAUUUACAGCCUUCCGAUCACUACAAGACUCUCAAAUCCAACGUCGACGCCCUCAACCUCAUCCAGGUUGGCCUCACCUUGUCCGACGCCCACGGCAACCUCCCCGACCUCGGCUCCUCCUCCACCAGCUUCAUAUGGGAGUUCAACUUCAGCGACUUCGACGUCACGCGUGACCCCCACGCUCCCGACUCCAUCGCCCUCCUCCGCAGCCAGGGCAUCGACUUCGACCGCAACCGGUCCGAGGGGAUCGAUUCGGCCCGGUUCGCUGCGCUGCUGAUGUCAUCGGGGCUCGUCCUGAACGAGUCUGUGAGCUGGGUCACGUUCCAUAGCGCGUACGACUUCGGGUACCUAGUCAAGAUUUUGACCGGCCAGCAAUUGCCAAGUGGCUUGAAAGACUUGGAGGAGUUUUUGAAAAUUGUGAGGGUCUUUUUCGGAAAUAGAGUUUACGACGUGAAGCACAUGAUCCGCUUCUGUGAUGGCUUGUACGGAGGGUUGGAGCAAGUUGCGAAACGUUUGGAGGUGAACCGGGCGGUCGGGAAGUCCCACCAGGCCGGUUCAGAUAGCUUGCUGACGUUGCAUACGUUUCAGCAGAUUAAGAAAAAGUGUUUUGUUAAUUAUGAUGAGGUGGAGAAGCACGCGGGAAAGUUGUUCGGAUUGGCCGUGGUUUAAUUUUUUAUAUUUAGGGUGUAGAUAAUUUUUUUAUUAUUUUUAUAUUAGACAAUUUGGUAAAUAAUAUUACAAUUCUUUUCUAAUGCAAGCCUUGCCUUAGGUUGAUUAUUGUGGUACGCGCCAUUAUUAUUAUUAUUUUUAAAUAUGUAAUGCGGUUUGGAACU